AUGCCUCCUCCGUUACACCCACGACAGGAUGGAGACAUCGCUCCAGUCCCAUUCCACGAACCGCUGGCCGGCACCGUCGUCGAUGUGAUAGUGUCCCUGAUCUCGAUCGCCAUACUAUCGUCGUUUCUCACUCAAAGGUUUCAUAUGAUCAAGACCUGGAAGAAGCUCCCCUUGGUCGUCUGGCUUGUGUUCGCCAUCUUUGUCGACUCGUGGCUGUUCGUCUUCGUCACGGCGAUUCUGAAACAUGGCGUCGGUAUCAACACGAGCUACGGGAUGUGCUCUUCUGCGAUCCUGUUGUGUUUGAUCUGCUAUGUGACGACCAAGAUGAUAUAUCUUUUCCUGGUUGAGAAGGCUUUCAUUGUCCGCAAUGGCUCAAAACCGCGGCUUCAGUCCAAGUUGUAUAUAUUCAACUCUUUUGGAAUGCUCACCAUAUAUGUUGUGGUAUCUAUCCUUAACUUCAUUUUCCGCAUUACGCGUAUCGACGACGGGCAAUGCAUCAUUGGGAUGAAGCGGGUAGCUAUGAUACCCCUGAUUACAUUCGACUUGCUUGUAAAUGUUUACCUAACUACACUUUUCUUAAUUCCACUACGAUGCCUCUACUCCUUCCGAGAUAUGCCCCGAACCCGAGCGAAUGUGCGCCUUCGUUCGGUCGCUUUACGCACGUUCGUUGGUGCUCUUAGCACAACUAUAUCGAGCGUUGUCAACUUGACGGUCUUGAUGGCGCUGGAUGGGGAGCCCGGUUGGGUGUGUUUGAUGUGCUGCAACUGCGACAUACUGUUCUCAGCAGUGGUCAUCCAAUGGGUCACCUCGCGUGACAACGCCGGCACCGCAAGCUCAGUGGAUCAUAAGAACUCGCUGCAGCCAAACCUUGACGACAGAGGCACGCCACAGAGCCAUCGCCAGGACGGCCGGCGGGCCUCGGCGGUCGCGGACAUGCACGGGAGCAGAAGCGGGUCCAAGUACGCAGACGAGAUGGAUGUCACGGCAUACCCGCUUUCGUCUCCCCUGGACCCGUACAGAUCGGCGGAACUGCGCAACGCGAACCCGUUCAACGAGAGCAGCCGGCCCAAGCGGAUGCGUCGGCUGUCGAGCACCAGCCUCGUGGAGGAACCGCCCAGUCGUGCGUCAGAGCAGGAGACGGCCACGGAUCCAGAGACAGAGACGGACACAGACGGGAUCAGAGUGUCGAUAGCAUGGGGUAGGGAAAAUGCACAAAAGCAGAUGACCUGA